AUCUCCAUCUCAUCACUCGACAUGGCCGACUCGGGCCCCUCCACACCAGCAGCGGCAGCCCAGCCGUCCGCGCACUCCCCGCCACGCCCAGUAUCUCCACUUGCACCCGAGGCCACGUCCACAACAUCUCCUGAGCCGUCCACCAGCUCGGCGCUCGCAGCCAAAGGAGAUCCGGCGAGCGCAGACCCAACAUUGACAACCUCCUCCCCACUACAACAGUCGCCAAAGACGCCGGACCCGGAGAUUUCCCCGGCGCACUCCCCAGUCGAGACCGCCAUCGUCGCGCGCACGCCAACACCUCCUACCUCCGCUCCCGCUUCGUCCUCCCACCCCUCCCCCACUUCAACCGAUACGCCCGCCCGGCCCACCGACGCCGACACCCCCACCCCGCGCGCCGACCUCCCGACCCCCACACCACCCGCCGAAACCCCCGCGCCCCAACGCACAGCCACGCCGCCCGCGCCCGCCAAGCCGCCGGCCCCGGCCGUGCUCGCGCCCACGCCCGGCGAGACGCCAGGCCCGAGCGACACGCCCGCCCCCUCCGCGCCGGCGCCCCCAGCCCUGCGUGUGCGCGCCGACCUUGCCGAGUUCGAUCCGUACGACACGCCCGCGCCCGCCCGACCAGCGCGGCCAGGCGAGGGGCGGGACGAGAACAGCGGGCGGAGGGAGGCUGGGGAGGGGCGGGACGGGCGGGGCGGGCAGCCCGAGAGCGAGCGGAGCGACCAUCGCCGCGAGCGGGAGCGGCGGGAGGACGCUCGGCAGGAGGACGCGCCGCGGCGACGCAGCACGCCGCGCCCCGAAGAGCCGGCGUUCAACUUUGCCGGGUUCCUCAAGGACUUGCGGGCCAAGUCGGCUGAUCCCGUCGCGCGAUAUUUGAAGAGCUUCCUAACGAACUUUGCCAAAAAGCCGUUUACGGUCAACGAGCAGAUCAAGCUCAUCCACGACUUCCUCGCUUUUAUCGAGGGCAAGAUGCGUGCGGUCGAGCCGUGGAAGUCGCAGAGCGAGGCCGAGUUCGACAACGCCCUCGAGGCGAUGGAGAAACUGGUUAUGAACCGGUUAUACCCUUACACAUUCACACCUCAGCUGCACGACGGCCACCCAAUAACGACCGACGACCUCGAGCGCGAUGCCGUGUUCGCGCAGCGUGUCCGCCUCUUUGGCUGGGUGCAGGAGAAGCACCUCGACGUGCCCGAAGGCGAGGCCGCGCAGGGGUUCCUUGGAUUUGCUGAGCAGGAACUGCUCAAGAUCAACCACUACAAGGCGCCACGAGACAAGAUGAUCUGCAUACUGAACUGCUGCAAGGUCAUCUUUGGAUUGAUCCGGCACGCGAUGGGCAACGAGGCGGGCGCAGACGCCUUUGUGCCUAUCCUCAUCUUUGUCGUGCUACGCGCGAGUCCAGAUUGCAUGCUGUCCAACGUCGAGUACAUCCAGCGCUUCCGCAAUCCGGAGAAGCUGCAGGGCGAGGCGGGAUACUACCUAUCGAGUCUACAAGGCGCGAUCGCAUUCAUCGAGACGAUGGACGCAUCCAGCCUCUCGAACAUCACGCAAGAAGAGUUCGAGAACAAGGUCGAGAGGGCGAUCCAAGAGCUGCCCGAGUCUCCGUCGUCGCCGCGCGCGCGCGCCGCGCUCCCGACAAACGACAUGUCCCCCUUCGCAACUUCGCCCGGCGAAGAGCAGGCGCAGCAGCUCGCGCUGCCCGCGAGCGCGGCCGCGCUCGACGGCACAAAGCGCUUUUUCCAACGCACAGGCGACGCAGCGAAGGAGGCCGUGUCGCGCCCCCUCAGCGCCAUCUCCAAGAUCCUCGAGAACAUGCAGCAGCAGGGGUACGACAGCGAGAGCGGGGACGAGGACGGCGAGCGCGAGGCGGACCGCGGCGCGCUCGCGACGCCGUCGUGCCCGCCCCAGCCGCAGCCGCCGAGCCGGCUGCUCGCGCAGCUCGGGAUAUCGCCCGCACCGUCCGAGGGCGUGUCGCGCGAGCCGACGCCGCAGCCGUUUCCGCAGCCCGUGUUCCAGCAGUAUCCGGGACAGCAGUACCCGGGACAGCAAUAUGCGGGACAGCAGUAUCCCGGGCAGCAGCAGCAGUAUCUUGGUCAACAACAAAUCCAGCAGGGGCAGCACCCCGGCCAGCAGCAGCAGCAACACCCUAGUCAACAGCAGCAAUAUGCCGGCCAGCAGGGACAGUACCCCCACCCCCCGCCGCCGGGAUACGGCGAGCCGUACCGCGACAACAUGCAGAACACGUUGGAGGCGAGCCACGCCGAGUAUGCGCGCGAGCAGGCGCGCGCGGCCAACGUGCUCACCCUCCACCAGAUGUUCCCGGACCUGGACGAGGAGAUCGUCGAGGCCGUGCUGUACUCGUGCGGCGAGGACUUGGGCGUCACGAUCGACCGGUGA